CGGCGGCCUGGUGGACCCACCCCGAAGGCGGCGGCGGCGGCGGCUGCCCUGGGGAGGGCCCGGAGGUGAUCCUUGGUGAAGAAGCUUCAUUCAUACAGAUGAGCCCAGGGUCGUGGUGGCACUUUAAAGCCAGAUAGUUGGUCGGCCCAACUGCCCGGCAGAAUGCCAUCCACCAACCGAGCGGGCAGCCUGAAGGACCCGGAAAUCGCAGAGCUCUUCUUCAAAGAAGAUCCGGAGAAGCUCUUCACGGAUCUCCGAGAGAUCGGCCAUGGAAGUUUCGGAGCUGUUUAUUUUGCACGUGAUGUGCGCACCAAUGAAGUGGUGGCCAUCAAGAAAAUGUCUUACAGUGGGAAGCAAUCCAACGAGAAAUGGCAGGAUAUCAUUAAAGAAGUCAAGUUCCUUCAAAGAAUUCAACAUCCCAACAGUAUAGAGUACAAAGGCUGCUAUUUGCGGGAGCACACGGCAUGGCUUGUUAUGGAAUACUGCUUAGGAUCGGCAUCAGAUUUAUUAGAAGUCCACAAAAAGCCAUUGCAAGAGAUCGAAAUCGCUGCAAUUACCCAUGGUGCUCUCCAAGGUUUAGCAUACUUGCAUUCCCACAACUUGAUCCAUAGAGAUAUCAAGGCAGGAAACAUCCUACUGACGGAACCGGGCCAGGUGAAGCUAGCCGACUUCGGAUCUGCUUCCAUCGCAUCUCCUGCCAAUUCCUUUGUGGGGACGCCAUAUUGGAUGGCCCCAGAAGUGAUUUUAGCCAUGGAUGAAGGACAAUACGAUGGUAAAGUGGACGUGUGGUCUCUUGGGAUAACCUGUAUUGAGUUAGCGGAAAGGAAGCCUCCCUUGUUCAACAUGAAUGCAAUGAGUGCCUUAUAUCACAUAGCGCAGAAUGAAUCCCCUACACUCCAGUCCAAUGAAUGGUCUGAUUAUUUCCGAAAUUUUGUAGAUUCUUGUCUCCAGAAAAUCCCCCAAGACAGGCCGACAUCGGAGGAGCUCCUGAAGCAUGUCUUUGUCCUCCGGGAGCGCCCCGAGACGGUGUUAAUCGACUUGAUCCAGAGAACCAAGGAUGCCGUUCGAGAACUGGACAAUCUUCAGUACCGCAAGAUGAAGAAGCUGCUGUUCCAGGAGGCGCACAACGGGCCCGCGGCCGAAGCCCAGGAAGAAGAGGAGGAGCAAGACCAUGGCGUGGGCCGGACGGGGACAGUGAACAGUGUCGGGAGCAACCAGUCCAUCCCCAGCAUGUCCAUCAGCGCCAGUAGCCAAAGCAGCAGUGUGAAUAGUCUUCCAGAUGCCUCGGACGACAAGAGUGAGCUGGACAUGAUGGAGGGGGACCACACGGUGAUGUCUAACAGCUCCGUCAUUCACUUGAAGCCGGAGGAGGAAAACUACAGAGACGAUUCGGACUCCAGGUCGAGAGCUUCAGAACCGCAGUCUCCACCCCAAGUGUCCCGCCACCGGUCCCAUUACCGCAACCGAGAGCACUUUGCUACUAUACGCACAGCGUCGCUGGUGACGCGGCAAAUGCAAGAGCAUGAGCAGGACUCGGAGCUCCGGGAGCAGAUGUCCGGCUACAAGCGCAUGCGGCGGCAGCACCAGAAGCAGCUCAUGGCCCUGGAGAACAAGCUGAAGGCCGAGAUGGACGAGCACCGGCUGAGGCUCGACAAAGACCUCGAGACGCAGCGCAACAACUUCGCCGCUGAGAUGGAGAAGCUCAUUAAGAAGCACCAGGCGGCCAUGGAGAAGGAGGCGAAAAUCAUGGCCAAUGAAGAGAAGAAGUUCCAGCAGCACAUCCAGGCCCAGCAGAAGAAAGAGCUCAACAGCUUCCUGGAAUCCCAGAAGCGAGAGUACAAGCUCCGCAAAGAGCAGCUCAAAGAGGAGCUGAACGAGAACCAGAGCACGCCCAAGAAAGAGAAGCAGGAGUGGCUGUCCAAGCAGAAGGAGAACAUCCAGCACUUCCAGGCCGAGGAAGAGGCCAACCUGCUCCGGCGCCAGAGGCAGUACUUGGAGCUGGAGUGCCGCCGCUUCAAGAGGAGGAUGCUUCUCGCACGCCAUAACCUGGAGCAGGAUCUGGUCCGGGAGGAGCUGAACAAGAGGCAGACCCAGAAGGACCUGGAGCACGCCAUGCUGCUGCGCCAGCACGAGUCCAUGCAGGAGCUGGAGUUCCGGCACCUGGGCACCAUCCAGAAGAUGCGCUGCGAGCUCAUCCGGCUGCAGCACCAGACCGAGCUCACCAACCAGCUGGAGUACAACAAGCGGCGAGAGCGGGAGCUGAGGCGCAAGCACGUCAUGGAGGUCCGGCAGCAGCCCAAGAGCCUCAAGUCCAAAGAACUUCAGAUAAAGAAGCAGUUCCAGGACACCUGCAAGAUCCAGACCCGGCAGUACAAAGCGCUGCGGAACCACCUGCUGGAGACCACGCCCAAGAGCGAGCACAAGGCGGUCCUGAAGCGGCUCAAGGAGGAGCAGACCCGGAAGCUGGCCAUCCUGGCGGAGCAGUACGACCACAGCAUCAACGAGAUGCUCUCCACGCAAGCGCUGCGAUUGGACGAGGCCCAGGAAGCGGAGUGCCAGGUCUUGAAGAUGCAGCUGCAGCAGGAACUGGAGCUGCUGAACGCCUACCAGAGCAAGAUCAAGAUGCAGGCGGAGGCCCAGCACGAACGGGAGCUGCGGGAGCUGGAGCAACGGGUGUCCCUGCGCAGGGCGCUCCUGGAGCAGAAGAUCGAGGAAGAGAUGCUGGCGCUGCAGAAUGAGCGGACCGAGCGGAUCCGUAGCCUGCUGGAGCGCCAGGCGCGGGAGAUCGAGGCCUUUGACUCGGAGAGCAUGAGGCUGGGGUUCAGCAACAUGGCCCUUUCGAACCUCUCCCCGGAGGCGUUCAGCCACAGCUACCCGGGAGCUUCCGGUUGGUCCCACCACCCUUCCGGGGGCCCGGGGCCUCACUGGGGUCACCCCAUGGGGGGCCCGCCGCCGGCCUGGGGCCACCCGAUGCAAGGCGGGCCCCAGCCAUGGGGUCACCCCUCGGGGCCCAUGCAAGGGGUCCCCCGAGGCAGCUCGCUCGGGGUCCGCAACAGCCCCCAGGCACUGAGGCGGACGGCCUCCGGGGGACGGACGGAGCAGGGCAUGAGCCGCAGCACCAGCGUCACAUCGCAGAUCUCCAAUGGGUCACACAUGUCUUACACAUAAUGAUUCCAGGGCUGCACCCGGGGGCGGCGAUUCCGCCGGAGCCGUCUGCCAACAGAAACUGCCAACAGACGCCCCGUCUCCCUUCCCAGGGGGCCCAGCCCGGGCAGCGCGGCGGACUCUGAGUGCCGACCGGCAGGCCAUUGGGCAAAGCAUUCUGUUUUGGGUUUACUAAUUGGGAUGUCAUAGUAUUUGGCUGCAGAGAUGCUCUCUUUACCUCCUUGGGGGGGGGGCGGGAUUAUUUUAAGGACGUGGUUUGGAGGGAGGAGAGGGCAGCUCUUUCAGUGGUGACGGUGAGGGGUGGGUGUUCCCUCCCCCCUUCGUUCCAGUGACUUUGUACAGCUCUCUGCCUACCAGAGCUCAGGGCAGGUAUCCCUUUUCCCAAACUCUCCUGUCCUGGGUCGCUGGCGGUGAAAUAGCCAAACUUUGUGUUGGGGGGAGGAGGGGCACGUGCUCUUGUGUCCCUCUCUGUAUUUCAGCACAUACCCGCUCUGCUUCAGAGGGGGGGUCUCUUGCAGAGAAGGGGCCGAACGGGAGUGUGCCACGAAGGAGGGUCUUUGCCUGCUGAGGGAAGCUGGGGGGGAGGAGAAGCGAAGGCUCUCCACACCCCCAACGCACGCUUUCUCUAUUGCACUACGAGGCGGACGCCCCGAGAGUUCAGGGUGCGCGUGAUUGCUUGAACGGAACUGCACUAGUCAAACGCACCUGCUGGAAACCUGUCCGCGGUUUGGCCCGACCGGCUGUGGGGUUGGCGGGAGGGGGGAGGCCAGGCUGGGGAAGAGGGCUCUUCUCUGGCUUAAUACUGUGACAUCUCAUUCUAGUUAAGCACCAGAGCAAGUCACGGGACACCUGGAGUCGCCCUGCUCUUGCCUGCUCUGUCCUUGGAAACUUUUUAAGACAUGCAGCCCAAUUUCCAGCGGUAUUGUGAGUGAAAAGAUGCCAUAAGUUGAAAAAACAAAAACAAAGAACUACACAAAAACAUGCCAUCGGUAGACGGGGAGUUUCUCCUCGUUCUGACACUACAUUUGCCAGUUUCGUUAACCUUUCGGGCUUGCCACAAUUUCUCGUUUACAUGUAAAGCUGUAGCCAACAGUUCUGAGUGUUUAAGUUGCCACGGGGGAACAAAGAGUUGCCGGCGUGUCUCUCCCAGCUGCUGACCUGCCUGUAAUGUCUCUGUAGACGUUCGCGACACACGGCUGUUCCCUUGCACGAGUUUUGGGUUUCCGCGAUUCCUUCCCGACGCCCGUAGCCCUGGCUGCUUGGCGACCUCCAUCGCCCCGAGGCUUUGCUUCUGGGGAGCGGCUGCACACGCGUGGACACUCUAGCUGGGUGAGCGGGAGGGUGAGGUUUUCUGAGAGAGAAAUCCCUUUGCAUGGGAGGGCCUUUGGAAACCCAAUUGCCAAGGCAGCCAAAGAGGUGCUGCAGCUAGCAUCCAGGAAGAGGAGCCUCAGCUGAAGGUUAGUUUGGCCCGAGGUUAGGAAGAAG